AUGGAAUCACUUGUCAAAAACGUACUUUGUCGCUCGAAACCUCCUGUUUUCCCGCGAUCGGAAGAGCUUCUUGGAUCUCUUGGGUUGGCGUUCCUGAGCGUGAACAAUUCUUAUCCGUCUACACAGGGUGAAUCAGUAUACCCUUUGUUCUCUUCAGGACAGGUUUCCUCGAACUAUUAUUUCCGCCCUGUUCCACCUUUUCAUUCAGAUCGCUGUCGCGUAUUCAAUGGUUUCAUUUGGCAGGCGGGGUUUACUGCGGCACAGCGCUACAGCAACAACAAUUAUUCCUUCCGUCCGCGUCUCACAAUCGACAUCCCGUCCCUAUACCGAAAUUCCAUUACUCCACUAGCAACAGGGUACCCUGGAUCUUUUGAUUUCCAACACAAGGCCACCCAUCAUCGGGGUCCUGUCUUACAUCACCUGUCCUCAUGUUGUCAAAUAAUAAUAUCGACAAGUAUGUCAUCUGUGGCAGUCACUUGCUACUACCGACACCGAACCACAAUUCGUCGGAAGGAGAAACCGAUCGCGAACAUCUUCCGCCGCGGCCAUACUUGCACUGACACCGUCCUCGUCCUUCCAAUUUCCCACCAUAUCGUAGCCUGUAUCAGUAUUCCAUAA